AUGGCUCCCAAAGACAUCAUGACCAACUCCCAUGCCAAAUCCAUCCUCAAUGCCAUGAACGCACUUCGUAAGAGCAACACACUCUGUGACAUCACUUUGAGAGUGGAGAAUACUGACUUUCCUGUGCACCGCAUUGUCCUGGCAGCCUGCAGUGACUACUUCUGCGCCAUGUUCACCAGCGAGCUGUCAGAGAAAGGGAAAUCCUUUGUAGACAUUCAGGGGUUGACUGCGUCCACCAUGGAGAUCCUGCUGGACUUUGUUUACACAGAAACAGUCCUGGUCACAGUGGAGAAUGUCCAGGAACUGCUUCCUGCUGCCUGUCUGCUGCAGCUCAAAGGCGUGAAAAGAGCAUGUUGUGACUUUCUGGAUAGUCAGCUUGAUCCCACAAACUGCCUGGGCAUUCGGGACUUUGCUGAGACCCACAAUUGCCUUGACCUGAUGCAGGCCGCUGAGCUCUUCUCUCAGAAGCACUUCCCUGAGGUUGUUCAACAUGAGGAGUUUAUGCUGCUCUGCCAGAACGAGGUUGAAAAACUAGUUAAAUGCGAUGAAAUCCAGGUGGACUCAGAGGAGCCUGUAUUCGAGGCAGUGUUGAAUUGGGUUAAACACAAUAGGAAAGAGAGGGAGACGUAUUUAUCGGAGAUGCUGGAGCAUGUGCGGAUGCCUUUGCUCACUCCGCGCUAUAUCACAGACGUUAUCGACUCAGAGCCCCUCAUUCGAUGCAGUCUUCCCUGUCGAGACCUUGUGGAUGAGGCCAAGAAAUUUCACCUUAGACCUGAGCUGAGGAGUGAGAUGCAGGGGCCACGUACCCAAGCCAGAUUAGGUGCCAAGGAGGUCCUGCUCGUUAUUGGAGGAUUCGGCAGUCAACAAUCCCCUAUAGAUAUUGUUGAGAAGUAUGAUCCUAAAACUCAGGAGUGGAGCUUUUUACCUAACAUUGCUCGGAAAAGGCGUUACGUGGCUACCGUGUCCCUCAAUGACCGCGUGUAUGUGAUUGGCGGCUACGAUGGUCGAUCGCGGCUUAGCUCGGUGGAGUGCUUGGACUACACGGCCGACGAGGAUGGUAUCUGGUACAACGUCGCCACUAUGAAUGUACGGCGUGGCCUUGCCGGGGCGACAACACUCGGAGAUAUGAUCUAUGUUGCUGGAGGCUUUGACGGUAGUCGCCGUCACACCAGCAUGGAACGAUAUGACCCCAAUAUUGACCAGUGGAGUAUGCUGGGGGACAUGCAGACAGCCAGGGAAGGGGCUGGCCUGGUGGUGGCUAGUGGACUCAUAUACUGUCUAGGUGGGUACGACGGAUUGAACAUCCUCAAUUCAGUGGAACGGUAUGACCCUCACACAGGACACUGGACUAAUGUUACCCCCAUGGCUACCAAACGCUCAGGGGCCAGUGUAGCCUUGCUCAACGACCACAUCUAUGUGGUGGGAGGCUUCGAUGGAACAGCGCAUCUUGACUCGGUGGAGUUUUACAACAUUAGGACAGACUAUUGGACCACGGUAGCCAGUAUGACCACUCCCCGCUGCUACGUAGGAGCUACUGUCCUCCGGGGACGACUCUACGCCAUAGCUGGGUAAGCCUAAACAUCCCAACCCUUCUCCGACUUUAAUAUAUUUAAAAUAUCCAAUAUUUUAAAGGAGUGGAAAUUCACUGUCCUUUCGUAUGUUUAUUGCUUUUAAUGACAGACAGAUGAGAAACAAAUGGGGGAGACAGGUGAAGAGGAGAUACAGAGUCAAGGGAGGACACAGGGAUUGAACCCCGGUCUCCGGCUGAGAGUUGUACAUGUGCAUAGAGCCAGGAGUGUUACCAUCUGACCACGACUCUGUACCCAACUUCAGUAUUGACAGAGAUAUAGAUGCAUUUUGGUUGGGAUUAUUCAUAUAAAUUAUGUAUGACAACUCUUUUAAUUGAUUUAUAUUAUUCUUGCUUAGAUAACAUUGUAAUAUCUGAAUCAUAAAAGCAACCUCCCCUUAUGGUCCAGUCUUCGAUUAUAAGGAUGUGACUGAACACAGCCAUAUGAUGUUGUUCAUUCUCCCCUGUGCUCUUUUGUCCUCUCUCCAGGUAUGAUGGAAACUCCCUUCUGAGCAGUAUCGAGUGUUACGACCCAGUGAUUGACAACUGGGAGGUGGUCACCUCCAUGGCCACACAGCGCUGCGAUGCAGGAGUGUGUGUCCUGCGAGAGAAGUGAGAUUUACCUCAGAAAGGUCGGAUGAAGCGGAGGAAGGCAGGCAGCUAGUCCUGAACCUGAAUUUGAUAUUUACGUGCCACUACUAUGGAGCGACACAGGGAUCAUUCACUUGCAGGCCAGUGUGCUAUAUGCCCUCCCCGAAGUCUCUUGAUUGAUUGGUUAUCAGACUUUCUCAUCUGAGUUUGGUUACUUCUGUGGGAAAACCCUUGGCUUCAAUGGAUAAGGGACAGGGGGUGUAUAAGAGAGAUGAGUUAUUUCAGUCUCCUCAUCAACAGUUGUGGCAUCUAAGAAGACAUCGAUCCCAACCCACUCGAUCACAUGACACUCUUUUAGUGGUUCCCGUUGUAGUGGUUACCUGUGAGGUACAUUUUUGACUCGUCUUUUAAAGUGCAAUAUAUUUCUCUACUUCUGUUAUGAACCAUGAAGCAGAAGAAACACAAGAGACUCCAGUUUGCUGCUGCUAUAUGCCUUAUGCCCCUGUGGCCCACAUUGAACCUAACAACCAUGAUGCCUCAUUAGGACUGUGAUGAUUGUUGUCAUACCAUCAAGUAUGAUGAUUAUUUAGCUUUUGCCAGGUUAUCAAUUAGAAAGCCAUUUGUAGAUUUUGUAAUUAUGUAUAAAGUGCUUUUAGAAACAAAUCACUUAUUGAAUAAUUGGUAUUUACCUGACACAGUCAUUAUUUUCAAUGUAUCAAAGAAAUUUUGAAAUGAAUUACAUUUUAGGAAAAGCGUUUCAUAAUUGCACAUGAUUCCUUGCUCUUUUGCUAUUCUGUCAUCUUGUCAAAAUCACUUUGUCCCCGGCGACAGACUGAAGAACACUGCUAAUAGCAAAAAUGAUUUUUUUCAUGUGUGUAUGGUACAUGCAUUUGUCCACAGUGGAUUUGUUUGGACAAGAAAAAAAACUUGACUGCUAUUCUCCAGGGCAAGUGCAAAAUACUGA